GUAAAAACUAACACUGCCAACUAGGUAUUUCUACAAUUGCAGCAGCCGCAAGAGGUAACUAUGGGGCAUGGUCAAGUUGACUGAUGAUGGAUCAGGAAUAGAAGCUGAGCUGGUGGGAGUAGCCAGAGAGGUUCAGCCAUUGUUAGGACAUGUCUCUGUACAUACAACUGGCUCGAAACUGCAGAUAGAGACUUAACUUUACGCUGUCAGCAGUCUUGGAAAAUGCCACCAGCAGAAAGGGACCACGAUACAUCUGAAAAUAACCAGAAUGUGUUUGCAAGACUCCGGAAUCUUCCAAGUGUCAAUAUCACAUUCGAGGUCAUCGGGAGGUCAUACUCCAGCGCUAAGGCUGCUAACCCAUUCCUGUCAUCUGUUUGUGGAGUUUGUGAAGAAGGCAUGAGGAGUGCUGGCAGUCUGGCUGCCCGGAGCGUGCAGCCUGCUGUCCACAUGCUGCAGCCUCAGCUUGUAGCUGCCAACUCACUGGCCUGCCGAGGAUUGGACCGCCUUGAAGAGAAAAUGCCAGCUUUGGAUUUCCCCCCUGCAAAGUUGGCAGCAGGGAUCGGAGACCUGGUGUCUUCUGCUGUGCAGAGCCCAGCUGUGCAGUACGUCCUGAGCAGCAAGAUUUCACAGAUGGCAGAAGAAGGAGCUGACACUGCCUUGACUUUCACUGAGCGUGUAGUCAACUACAUACUCCCAGCAACCUCUGAGGAGAAAGAGGAGGCGGCGUUGGAGGUGCAGAAGUCUAAUGUCGGCACUGCUGGCACAAAGCCCGGUUUUAGAAGACUGGGAGCGCUGGCGAGCACCGUCUGGAGACGUGCUUAUGGGCAGACAGCCUCAUGGCUCCAGCAAACCAAGAGUCAAGGUCAGCAGCUGGCCGUACACAUCCCCAGUGUGAACCCUCCGAGAGAUGGAGACUUGGGGAAGCAGCUUCAGAAAGCCUAUGUGUCAGUGGUGGCUGGUGCAAAGAACGCUUCCCAUGCCAGCAUAGACCUGGCAAAGGACGGCGCCAUUGUGCUGCUGGAGUCUCUGGCCACAGCUAGGCGGAAAGUGCUGGACAGCAUCACUUAUUAUGGGCCGCUUCCUGGCCAAUCUUCCAAGCCCAAAGAAGAGAUCCUUUACAACGGGGAGGAAGGAGAGAAAGCAGAAGAGACAAGAAGCCAGUCGAAUGGCUCUCCUGCAGUGGAGUCUAAUGGUUCAGACCAGAGGAACAACCCCUCUCACAAUUCCCAGGAGUCAGUGAAGGAUGGAGAGAGCGUCGCCUCCUCCAUACAAAGCAGAUCCUAGAGAAAAGUUGCCCAGAGCCUCCUUUGGAAAGUUGAGACAAAAUGAAGGUUACAGUGCUCAGUCUGCAGAUUUAUGCAGAUUAUGAAGGGGGGGCAUGAUACCAUUGGAUGCCACAGGUCUGACAAAGUAAGACAAAGUUAACCCUUGGAAGUCAAAUUUAAGUCAUAAGACCACCCUUCAUUUAUUCAGUUUCUAGUCAAAACAGCCAAGUUGUUCAUUUUUCAGCAUCAGGAAAAAAGCAGAAAAACAUAUUUAACUAAAAUUUAUACAGCUUUUGUCUUUAUUACAACUUCUGUUCCUUUCAGGAUAUUUGCUUUCAGUUUUUUAAAGAAAUCUGCAGGGAUAUUUUUCCACACUUCCAAAGUUCAGCCUUAGAAGUUGGUUUGCAUACCUUUUAAUAAAUUUGUGAACUCCAGUUGUACUUAUUUUACAAGUGAGUUAUCAUCUAUCUAAUCUCAGAAAAAUCAUCUGAAAAAAUUGUAACUUGUACUUAAUGGCAGUUUUGACUGGAAAUGAAUGUUACGCAAUGAUAAAAAUGUGGCAAAAGUAAAGAAUGUUUUUCCCACAAAAUUAUAUAUAUAAUAAUUUUGGAGUAGAAAAGGAUGAAUUUUAUCAUCAAAUGAUAUUGAAAGUUUAAUAAGCUGUGAAAACUAG